CCGUGGCGGGAAUUUCGCCUGCUUCCGGUUUGGUCCGGGAAAGUUCCCGGUUCUGGAUUCCGGUCUGCGGGUCUCCGGGACGGGAGCGUUCGCUGGGCCCGGGAUCUUUCCGGCAGGGUGGCUCCCUCUGAACGCCGGACUGGAGCGUAGGGAGACGGCGGGUCUGCAGCGCCCGGAAACCCGGCUGAGGUGCGUGAGGGCCUCAGCCCCCACCUGUAGCCGGCAGGGAUCGAGGACCGCGUUGGCAGCCUUGGUGGCUCUCACGUCUGGGGCCGGGACCCAGGAAGACGCCCGGAUGCUUGUGGACCUUUUCCCUUCUCAGGGCAUGAUGUAAAUAAUGGAUGGCGGUUCUGGCGUGUCGACUUUCCUGACGGACAGCUUAGAGCUAAAGCUGGGGACAGAAUGGUGCAAACCCCCUUGCUUUUCUUGUGCUUUUGACAACAGAGAAGGCAGAGGUUUUUCCGGAGAAUCCUAUCUUGCCGGCGGCUCCCUGAAGCGGUUAAUUUUAAAUCUUGAUCCAUUACCAACUAAUUUUGAAGAGGAUACAGUAGAACUAUUUGGCUUCCAAUGGGUUACCGAAACAGCAUUAACAAAUUCAUGUCGAGAGCUCUUUCAUUUAUUCAGGCAGCAGCUAUUCAACUUGGAAUCCUUAGCGCAAGUCAGCUGUGAUUUUGGGAAGAUAGCCACCUUACACGCCAAAGCAGACAGUAUUAGGCAGCAAUGUGUAACGUUUCUCCACUACAUUAAAGUUUUCAUCUUCAGGUGCCUGAAAGUACAAGAUGCUAAGAACCAGAAUACCUCUCUCCAUCCCUAUGAGGCUUUGGAAGCUCAGCUUCCUUCAGUGUUGGUUGAUGAACUUCGUGGAUUACUUCUGUAUAUUGGACAUCUAGCUGAACUUCCCAGUGUUACUCUAGGAGCAUUUGUAAAUCAAAACCAGAUUAAGCUCUUCCCGCCAUCGUGGCAUUUAUUGCAUCUCUACUUGGAUACCCACUGGCUGGUGCUGGAAAUACUUCACAUGCUGGGUGAAAAAUUGAAACAAGUUGUCUAUGGUUGUCAGUUUAUAAGUCAGACUGGUGAAAGUUUAACCAAUGUCAGCCUAUUUGAAGAACAUUGUGAAAAUCUUUUCUGCGACUUACUAAAUCUGGCACUCAACAGAUAUGACAAGGUUAGAUCUUCUGAAGCAUUAAUGAUUAAUCACUGCUCAUGCUCCUGUGUUAAGGAAUUAUGGGUUCUACUUAUUCAUCUUCUAGACCACAGAAGUAAAUGGUCAGUUUCAGAAUCAUUUUGGAAUUGGCUGAAUAAACUUCUUAAAACAUUUUUUGAAAAAUCAAGUGACCAAAGAAGACCUGCUUCUCUAACCCAGGCUAAGGAUCCAUUAGGCUUUAGUUGGUGGAUUAGUGUUCAUGUAGCAUCACUGUACCAGAUUGAUCGCCAUGGUCUAUCAGAUGAAAUGAGACAGAUGGAGCCAAAUUGGGGCUUUAUAGAAGAACUUUUGAAACAGUCCGUCACUGUUCAGGAUAGUAUACUAGAAGAACAGUUACGAAUGUAUCUUCACUGUUGUUUGACACUUUGUGAUUUCUGGGAGCCAAAUACUUCAAUUGUGACCAUUCUGUGGGAAUAUUAUAGUAAGAACUUGAAUAGCUCCUUCAGUAUUUCUUGGCUUCCUUUGAAAGGCCUUACUAAUAUCAUCAAGUCACCCUUGUCACUGCUUACCAUGGUGAAGACCUGCUGUUGUGAUAAACAAGACCCUGACUUGUACAAAUCAAGCAGCAGUUACACCAUUUUCCUUUGCAUUUUGGCAAAAGUCAUUAAGAAAGCAAUGAAGAACAGUGGCCCUCAUCCUUGGAAACAAGUUAAAGGAAGAAUAUAUUCUAAGUUUCAUCAAAAAAGGAUGGAAGAACUAACUGAAGUUGGCCUCCAGAACUUUUUCUGUCUUUUUCUACUGUUAGCAGCUGUUGCAGAGAUAGAAGAUGUAGCAAGCCAUGUUUUAGACCUCCUUCGUUUCCUCAAGCCUGCCUCCACGUCCUCUCAUAGAGCCAUUGUUUGGAAGGGUCAGAUGGCAUUCCUCCUGAUGUAUGCACAGAAAAAUCUGGACAUUGGCGUUUGGGCUGAGAAACUGUCAUGUGAGUUCCAAGAGAAAGCAAAGGAAUUCUUGGUUUCUAAGAAUGAUGAAAUGAUUCAGAGACAUACACUAUGGACACUUCUUUCCAUCUAUAUUGAUGGUGUUCAAGAAGUAUUUGAGACCAGCUGUUGCUUAUAUCCUUCUCAUGAGCAUCUUCUCAAUGAUGGAUUUAUCAUGUUACUGCGAGCCUGUCGAGAAUCUGAACUUAGAACAGUGCUGAGCUUUCUACAAGCUGUUCUGGCCAGAAUCAGGAGUGCUCAUCAACAAUUGUGUCAGGAAUUUCAAAGGGAGAAUGUGGACCUAAUUGCUCAGUCUUCAUUAUCGGCUAAAGAGCGCCACCUUGCUGCGGUCGCCAGUGCACUGUGGAGGCAUUUCUUUUCAUUUCUGAAGAGUCAGAGAAUGGCGCACUCUGUGCCUCUCUCCCAACUUGCAGAUGCCGCUGCAGAUUUUACUUUGCUCGCAGUGGACAUGCCAAACACAGCACCAUCAGAUCUUCAGCCUCAGCCCGUUAUAUCAAUAAUUCAGCUUUUUGGUUGGGAUGAUAUCAUCUGGCCUCAAGUUGUAGCAAGAUAUUUAAGUCAUUUGCUACAAAAUAGCACAGUGUGUGAAGCACUUUCUCAGUCAAGCUGCAUGUCCUUUCAGUCCUUGACUAUAAGAUCGUGGAUCCGUUGUGUUUUGCAAAUGCACGUAAGACACCUCUCUGAACCUGAUUUGCUAAUUGAUAUGAACUCUGAACAGGCAGUGGAAAAGGAGUACAUGGAACAGCUGGCUGAAAUGACAAGGUUACUAUUUAAACUCUCAGAAGUAAAGAAUAUCUUCUCACAGGCUCAAAUUGACCAUUUGCCCAGCCCAGAAGACCCCAAACAAGCACUUAUUCAGUUCCUGGAGGCUGUUGGUAAGACUUACGGGAGUCUCCAGACAUUUUCUGAUAAAUCUGCCAUGGUCACAAAGUCCUUAGAAUACCUUGGUGAAGUAUUAAAAUACAUAAAGCCUUAUUUGGGAAAAAAAAUUUCCUGUGCAGGGUUGCAGCUGACUUAUGGAAUUAUGGGAAUUCUUGUUAAGUCAUGGGCACAAAUCUUUGCCACCUCAAAAGCACAGAAGCUACUAUUUCGGAUCAUAGAUUGUUUACUGCUGCCGCACACGGUAUUACAACAGGAAAAGGAGCUGCCUGCUCCAAUGCUGACUGCAAUUCAGAAUAGUCUUCCUCUGUAUCUCCAGGGCAUAUGUAUUGUGUGCUGUCAAUCUCAAAAUCAAAAUGCCUACUUGAAUCAGUUGCUAAGGAAUGUCAUUGAGCAGUAUAUUGGGCGCUUUCUCCCCACCUCACCGAGUGUUUCAGAUCUUGGACAGCAUCCUGUUCUUUUGGCACUGAGAAGCCCAGUCUCUCUUCCAAUAAUGACACCCCUAAGGAAGCACAUUGUCCAUGCCAUAAGGAAAUCCUAUCUUGAGUUCAAAGGGUCCUCACCCCCUCCUCGAUUAGCAUCUGUAUUGGCCUUCACCCUCCAGCUCUUCAAGGGAACCAGCAGGGGUGUUUGUGAUCUUGAACUACUCCUUCCUGGCAUCUUAAAAUGUCUGGUGUUGGUCAAUGAACCCCAAGUUAAAAAGCUGGCCACAGAGAACCUGCAAUGCAUGAUAAAAACCUGCCAAGUGGGGUCAGAAGGAGAACCUGCCACCCAGCUGACUUCUCUGUUUAGGCAGUUCAUCCAGGACUAUGGUGUGCAGUACAGUUACCAGGUGUACAGCAUCCUGGAGGUGGUGGCAGCACUGAGUGGGCACAUUGUCGUCCACUUGGUUCCUACCCUCACUCAGUCUCUGAAAGAUUCAGAGCUGAAAUGGGGCUAUGGCAGGAACAUUGCACAAAGGGAAGCAUAUAGCAAACUUUUAUCUCACCUAGGACAGGUGGGCCAGGAGGAGAAACAGAGACUGGGAAGUGACAAAACCUGAUGCUGCUGCGCCAGCUUCCUGCCUGCGUCGUCUCUAAAGCUGCUAUGUGGCACCCCAGCAGGGAUUUAAUUAAUUCUAUGAUGUUGUAUCACAAAUAAUUUCCUUUUUCUCCUGCAUGUAUAAUGUAUAUAAAUAAGGAAUGAAGGCUUAUUAGUAAUUGUGUAAUAGGAUCCUGGAACGUGAAGAGAUUUUUAACUAAAUUAAAGACUUUUCAAACAGAA